AUGCUUAUUAGAAAUGCUGUGAAGAGAAUAGUUCAGUCUAUAAUCCAAACAAGAUCAUCAUUUCUUCCAAUAAAGCAAUAAAUUUAUAUUCCAACAUUUGUCAUAACACCAAAAUAUGGAUUUUUUUUUAAUGAUAAACAUGAUAAGUAAAUUUUGAUCUUAUUUUUUAGAGAUGAAAAAUAAGCUGAAAUAGAUAAGUUGUAAGAUUAAAUGGAUGAAUGCGAAAAUGAAAAAUAAUAAAUGGAAAUGCUAAGAAAAAUAAUAUAUAUUAGAGAACAAAUGGAUUAAUCAGAAUAAAAAAAAUGUGUUUCAUUACUAUUAGAUAAAAUUGAGUAUGCACGAUAUUUGAUAGAAAAUCAAUAAAUGGAUGAUAAAUUAGUUCAAGAAGUACUUUCUGAUGAUUAUUUGAAUGAUGUGCAUUACAGAAAUGUUGAUUUGUCUAAAUAUCCUUCAAAUUUUAAUGAAUUUUUAUGGCACAAUUUGGCCAUAGGUGUUAUUCCACUUAAAUUUGCUAAGCUAUUUGAUGAUGUAGACCUUUAAGAAAUAGAAUAAUGGUUAAAGUAUUAUCAUAAAAUAUUUGGCAAGAUAAUAUAAAGAAUCUGUGGUGUAUAUAAAAAAUUAUCUAAAUGAUAAUUUUGAUGAAAUUGGUGAGAGUGAAGGAUACUUGACAAAAGAGCAAGGAUUAUCAUAAUAUCAAUACAAUUUAGCUUUUUAUUAUGAAAUGAAAGCUAAAUUAUUGAUAGAAUAAGAUUAAAUCUAAUAAGGAAUUAAGAAUUAUGAAGCUGCUUUAAGGGAAACAGAGAAAUUUAUGGAAAUAGUUAAAUCAUGUAAAUUUUAUAAAUUAGGUAGUAUGUAAUCAUGAAAAUCCAGAAGUGGCAAAUGAAGCAGAAAAAUAAAGAGAGAAAGGAAUAGCUAAAUUUGCAUAGAUAUUUGAAGAUCUUGGAAGUGUAUCAAUUGAAAUCCAAGAAUUUACAGCUGCAAGGCCCUAUUUUGAAAAGGCCAUAGAACUUUAUUUAUAAGUUUUUGGAAAACAUUCUAUUUAAUAUGCUCAAAGUUAUUGUUAAUUAGCUUCAACUUACUAAUUAACAGAUCUAUCAAAAUGUGAAGAAAUGUUAAAAGACUUUCAUGAAUAUUUAGAAAGUUUUAAUUAAGACACAAUAUAUUUAGAAGUUACUAUGAAUUAUUUUUGUAUUUUAGAAGGUUAAGAUAGAGGAACAACUGAACUAUUCAUGAAGAUUUAAGAGAUGAGAGAAAAAUUUGAUAUAGAAAAUGAUUUUUUGAUUGUUGAAUAUGAUAUUUAAGCGAUCAAAUUCGUGAUCAGAAAUGGUUAAUUUUAAUAGAGCUUAUUUGAUUUUUUUGAAGAAUCAAUUUAAUUAUUAGAUUCAUUUGGUAAUCCAAAUAUAAAAGCUGAAAAAUUGUUACUUUUAAGUGAUCUGGCAGAUAAAUUUGUUGAACCUAAUAACAUUUUACAUAAUACAAUUUUAGAAUAAUUACUUGAUGAAUAUGAAGAUGUAAGUUUUAUGAUUGAAAAUGAUUCCUUGUAAUAUAAAUUAGAUAGAUAAAAAGCAUUUCUAGAAUUCAGAUUGAGAGAUACACUUAUGAAUACUGCAGAGGAAAGCUUAGAAAAUUACUAUUUAUUUGUAAAUUAAAUAAUAAAAAUUAGUUUUCAUAUUGGAUAGAGAAAAGAGAAUUUCUUGAAAUGUUAUUUGAAGAUACUGAUGAAAUAAUAUAAUAAGUUUUAGAUCUAAAAAUGCUUACAGUUGCUCAUAAAUUAAUUAAAAAUAUUAUAGAGAUAAUGGAAGAGUCUUAAGAGAAUUCAAAGAGUGAUUACAUAGAUGAAGCUUUGAAUCAUUAUAAAGAGGAAGCAUAAAAUAUAUUUGAUUAGAUUACUGGGAAGUGAAAUUUGUU